UUUAACCUCAUUUUAACGGUGGUGGCGGAUGGUUGCCGCGUGUAUAUGUUCCAGAAAGUGGCAAUCGGACACAAAAUCCAACAUGUGGUUGCGAAAAUGUUGAACUAACCAAACCAACAAUGGAAUGUGAUUGUGAUUUCGAAGGAAAAUUGGUAGGAGAAGGAAACAAGAAAAGCUACUACUAUCUUUUAAAAUCCAAAAUCGGAGAAGGUUCUUCCUCCACAGUCUGGAUAGCUGAACAAAGACCCACCGGUAAAGAUGUAGCGGUCAAGCAAAUCUUCCUCUCCAAACUCAACUCUCGCCUCAAAGCUUCAUUGGACUGUGAGAUCAAUUUUUUAUCCUCCGUUAACCAUCCCAAUAUUGUUCACCUUCUUCACUUCUUUCAGGGUGAUGGAUGUGUUUACUUGGUUCUUGAGUUUUGUGCUGGAGGGAAUUUAGCUUCUUAUAUUCGUUGCCAUGGAAGAGUUCAACAACUAACCGCUAAAAUAUUCAUGCAACAACUUGGAUCUGGUCUAAAAGUACUACGUUCUCAUGGCAUUAUUCAUAGAGACUUAAAACCCGAGAACAUUUUGCUAUCAAGUCACAGGGCCAAUGCAGUGCUAAAGAUAUCUGAUUUUGGUCUCUCAAGAACUGUACGCCCUGGUGAGUAUGUUGAGACAGUUUGUGGAACUCCAUUAUACAUGGCUCCUGAAGUUCUUCAGUUCCAAAAAUAUGAUUACAAGGCAGACAUGUGGAGUGUUGGGGCAAUUCUUUUUGAGCUUCUAAAUGGUUAUCCACCUUUUAAUGGUAGAAAUAAUGUUCAGGUGUUGAAAAACAUCAGAUCCUGUACCUCUCUUCCAUUUUCUCAAUUGAUUCUUUCAGGAUUGGAUCCUGCUUGUCUUGAUAUUUGUUCAAGACUACUAUGCUUAAAUCCAGUGGAGCGCCUUUCUUUUGAUGAAUUUUAUUUGCAUAGCUUUCUACGAGGAAAAUCAUCGGGACCUUGACAGAAAUAUCCCUUGAUUUUAUUUAUAAUGUGGACAUUUGAGGUUUUCACCCCAUCUCUUGUUACUCGACAUGAAGCCGUUCAAGACGUUGCUAUGAUGUUAUGAUUGUUAUCUUGGGGACUUUGCUUGUUGAUAGUGCCAGCUACCCUCGCAUGGAGGAGGAUUAGAGUAAGGAUUUUUAGUUCCACUUUUGAGCAGUCUGUGUAUAUAUACAACAUGUCAUGUAAGAUGGUUGUGUUGUUUUGACUCUUCAUGCUUUGAUGGUGUAAUUUUGUCAUACACUCUAUUGUAUAUGUUUAUAGCCUGUAUCUACACUUCUUGCACACAUAAUGUACUAACAGUUGCAGUUGAACCUGUGUACUUUAUGUAUAUUUUUACUACUGUAUUGUGCAACGAAUGAGAUUUAUCAAGGUCCCACACAUGACUUUAGCAAA